AUGUUCUCCACCGACUACCUUACCAUCCUCCGCCAAUGUGUCAACCUGGAGAACUGUUGUCUAUGGCCGGCCAUCUGCGAUGACAUGAUGGCGGAAGAUUACCAAAAGCCCCUCUUGCUGAAGCGUCUCAAGCGACUCACAUUUAAGACAGAUCAACCCCCAUCUUUGAUUCCCUCCGCUCUCGAGUGCCCUGCACUCGAGGUAGCGACCGUACACUACGAAAGGGAGGUUGAAGACGGGGAAUCUGGCGAAUUGAUGUCAUUUUUUCAGCGGUGUGGCAAAACCUUAUGCAAGCUGCAACUUCCCGGACUCGCCUGCUAUACUUUUAAGGACAUCCAACAAUCUUUACAAGCGCUGGAAGAGCUCACCAUCUCCGGUCCACUGGGGUGUUUAGGCUCCGACGAACCCAGCCAGGAUCCUGAUUACACUCGAAAGGCGUACGAGGAUGGGUCUAAUUAUUUCUUCGAGCCUCUCAUCACGCACCCCGAAUAUCUUCCUCGACUGAAGACCCUCCGGACUAUCAACCAACGUAUGGAAGAAAAGUUUUUGUUGGAGUGUUUACUAUCUGGCUUUGUGGAAGCGCGUUUGUGGAAGAAGAAUGGCGGUUCUGAGCUUCAAGAAGUGGUUUUUGGGUUGAGCAAGGAGGCUAGUGAGAAGCGGAGAGAAUUUAGGAAAAAGUGGAAGCAGUGGAGAAAUAACGGUAUCCGGAUAACGUUCAAUUGA